GGGCGGGACGGAGCUGGGGCGGGAGGGCGCCCCGCCGGCUGGUCCUGUUUGUGUUGGAAGCUCAGCUGAUGCUGACCGGCCCCAGUGGACGUCGGCGCCCGGGAGAGGCGCCUCGCCACCGCCGCCCAAGUCGUUGCGGCCUGCAUCCCGGUAAGACCAUGAAUUAUGGCAUUUCUUAAAUGAAGCAUUGAGGACUGACGUGAGAGUCAUAACAUAUAGAAAAUAAAUGCGUUUUAAGUUAUGUCUAUUAAUUUGACUGUAGAUAUAUAUAUUUACCUCCUUAGUAAUGCAAGAAGUCUUUGUGGGAAGCAAAGGAGCAAGCAACUGCAUUUCUUGUGCUCACCUGAACAUUACUGGAGCAUAAGCCACAUCAGUCUGCAAAGAGCCUUUCACACAAGCAAAGUAAGAUGUAAAUGGACCAAAAGUGAAGCACACUCUUGCAGCAAGCACUGUUACUCUCCUAGCGACCAUGGUGUACAUAUUGGAAUUUUGAAACUUAGCACCUCUGCUCCCAGGGGACUUACAAAAGUGAGCAUUCGUAUGUCCCGUAUUAAAAGUACUUUGAACUCUGUUUCAAAGGCUCUUUUUGGUAAGCAGAAUGAAAUGAUCUCAUGUUUAGCUCAAUUUAAGCCAAGUUCUCGAAUAUUAAGAAAAGUAUCAGAUAGUGUCUGGUUAAAACAGAAAAAUGUUCGACAAGCCAUUAAAUCUUUGAAAAGAUAUAGUGACAAAUCAGAAGAAAAGAGUUCGUUUCCAGAAAAGAAAAGUCACAUUAUAGAUAAAGAUAAAGAUAUAGAUAAACAAAGCCUUUUUCAUUACUCAACUAGUAUAACCACAAAAUUUGGAGAGUCAUUCUACUUCUUAUCAAAUCAUAUUAAUUCAUACUUCAAACGUGAGGAGAAAAUGUCUCAAAAAAAGGAAAAUAAACAUUUCCAGGACAACUCAGAACUUGAAGACGAGAAAUCCAGUUCUCCAGAUUCUGGUGUCCUGACUGAUGAGAAGCAAGACUCAGAAUCUUCUUUACAUACUGUGGACAAGCCCUCAAGUCCCAGUGGGACACCUGAGGUUCUUCCAGUUUCUGCUAAACAGAGUAUUGCUAACUUUCUUUCUCGUCCCACUGAAGGUGUACAAGCUUUAGUAGGUGGUUAUAUUGGUGGACUCGUCCCCAAGUUAAAGUACAAUUCCAAGAGUCAGUCAGAAGAACAGGAAGAGGCUGGGAAAGCUGAGCAGGCUGUCAGCAAAGACAAAAAUGCAGAGGAGAAAAAGCGUUUGUCUCUUCAGCGGGAAAAGAUUAUUGCAAGAGUGAGUAUUGAUAACAGAACCCGGGCAUUAGUUCAGGCAUUGAGAAGAACAACUGACCCAAAGCUCUGCAUUAAUAGGGUUGAAGAACUGACCUUUCAUCUUCUAGAAUUUCCAGAAGGAAAAGGAGUAGCUGUCAAGGAAAAAAUUAUUCCGUGUUUGUUACGAUUGCGACAAAUUAAGGAUGAAACUCUUCAGGCUGCAGUCAGAGAAAUUUUGGCUUUAAUCGGCUAUGUAGAUCCAGUGAAAGGAAGAGGAAUCCGAAUUCUCGCAAUUGAUGGUGGAGGAACAAGGGGUGUGGUUGCUCUUCAGACACUACGAAAAUUAGUUGAACUUACUCAGAAGCCAGUCCAUCAGCUCUUUGAUUACAUUUGUGGUGUAAGCACAGGUGCUAUAUUAGCAUUCAUGUUGGGCUUGUUUCAUAUGCCCCUGGAUGAAUGUGAGGAACUUUAUCGAAAAUUAGGAUCAGAUGUGUUUUCACAAAACGUCAUUGUUGGAACAGUCAAAAUGAGUUGGAGCCAUGCAUUUUAUGACAGUCAGACAUGGGAAAAUAUUCUUAAGGAUAGAAUGGGAUCUUCACUAAUGAUUGAAACAGCAAGAAACCCCACAUGUCCUAAGGUAGCUGCCGUAAGUACCAUAGUCAACAGAGGGAUAACGCCGAAAGCUUUUGUGUUCAGAAACUAUGGUCAUUUUCCUGGUAUCAACUCUCACUAUUUGGGAGGCUGUCAGUAUAAAAUGUGGCAAGCCAUUAGAGCCUCCUCUGCUGCUCCAGGCUACUUUGAAGAGUAUGCAUUGGGCAAUGAUCUUCAUCAAGAUGGCGGUUUGCUCCUGAAUAACCCUUCAGCAUUAGCAAUGCACGAGUGUAAAUGUCUUUGGCCAGACGUCCCCUUAGAGUGCAUUGUAUCCCUGGGCACUGGGCGAUAUGAGAGCGACGUUAGAAAUGCCGUGACAUACACAAGCUUGAAGACCAAGCUGUCGAAUGUUAUCAACAGCGCUACAGAUACGGAAGAAGUCCAUAUAAUGCUUGACGGUCUGUUACCUCCUGACACCUAUUUUAGAUUCAAUCCUGUAAUGUGUGAAAACAUACCUCUUGAUGAAAGUCGAAAUGAAAAGCUGGAUCAGCUGCAGUUGGAAGGGUUGAAGUACAUAGAAAGAAAUGAAGAAAAGAUGAAAAAACUUGCAAAAAUAUUAAGUCAAGAAAAAACAACUCUGCAGAAAAUUAAUGACUGGAUAAAACUAAAAACUGACAUGUAUGAAGGCCUUCCAUUCUUUUCAAAAUUGUGAUGAUUGCAUAUUUUCUCAUGAGUAAAGGCCUGUUCAGGAGAUCCACCGAAUUGGAUAAGGAAUUGUGGGGUUCAGCAUGAGUCAACUUUGAAAUAAUUACUGAAUUCUGGGGAGUCCUGAGAAAGACAGUGCUUGAACCAGCUUGCACAGCACAGGGGUGUGCUUGGUUACAGAAUCCAAAUGGAAAUUAGAUUUUUAUGAUGUUAAUAAUUAAGUUUUAGGAAUCUUGUUGUGCUAGUUGGUUUUAGUAGAUGUUGGUGUUAUAUUGUUAGAUGUUUGAAAAUUUAUUAAUAUAUGUGCCAAACAAGAACUGAAAACUAUAUUAUUCUUGGUAUUUUUGCGUUAGUCACCAUAAUCAUGUUGAUUUUAUUUGAUCAUUGAUUUUCUUUCAUGUGGAAAAGCUAAUUUCUUCUUAAUUUACAUUACUUAUGUUUUCACUAGCUACAUUCUACAAUCCAAAUGUUGCCUUUUACUGUAAUAUCAUCUAAACAGAUGCACAAAAAUGGAAUUUUCUCUAUCAGAGGACUUUUACAUUUGAAAUAUGAAAGACCAGAUUCAGUUUUCUAUUCAAAAUAUUUGUUUCAACUUUGUUUGAUUCAAAAAGAUAAGUGAAGUCCCAGUCAACCACUCUUUCCCCCUGAAAUUUCAAGAUAAUGCUGUAUGUUAACUUUUCUAGCUCCAGCUUAUCAUCCACUGUUAUAAAAUUAUUUGAAUUUACUGAGAAAAUAUCCCUAUCACCAACAAAAAUAAACUAUUGAAACAAA